AUGUCUCCCGCAGCCGUCUCGAACGCAACGCCUACCCCCGCCCCCACCAACGGCGAACAAACCUCCCUCAAGUCGUCCACACAAUCCGUCAUCGCGUCUUCCUCGACCACUUCCUCGAAACCCCACGAUGAAAUCCCAGCUUGGGUUAACCCCGACCUCACACGCCUCAUGCGCGUCGACAAGCAGCCAGGGAACUACGCAAGCGCCUCGUACUCGCUCGUCACGCUCCCCGCCGGCGCCCUCUUCGCGCGCAUAACCACGCCCACGCCCGCAACCGUCGCAUACUCGUCCGUACAAGCGGGCAAGAACCUGCAUAUUGAGCUGAACUGCGACUUGGUCUACAUCAACCACUCCUGCUCGCCCACCUUAAUCUUUGACAUGGCUAGUUGGGAGGUGCGCGUCAACCCUGAUCUGGAGGGCGGGCUGAAUGAGGGUGACGAGUUGACGUUUUUCUACCCGAGUACGGAGUGGAGUAUGGCGCAGCCGUUUGAGUGCUUGUGUAAGACGAGUGAGUGUAAGAAGACGAUCAAGGGUGCGAAGGAUAUGCGGUUGAGUGAUUUGGAUGAGUAUUGGUUGAGCGAGCAUAUUAAGGAGUUGUUGCAUGAUAGAGAUGCUAGAAAGAAUGGGAUAUGA